AUGGGUUCUGAGCGCGAGAACAAGACGUUCCUCGCGAGGCUCUGUGAGCAGGCCGAGCGCUACGAUGAAAUGGUCACCUACAUGAAGGAAGUCGCCAACAUUGGUGGCGAGCUUACUGUUGAUGAGCGUAACCUGCUCUCCGUCGCUUACAAGAACGUUGUCGGUACCCGCCGUGCCUCGUGGCGCAUCAUCUCCUCCAUCGAGCAGAAGGAGGAGUCCAAGGGUUCCGAGGAGCACGUCGGAAUCAUCCGCGACUAUCGCCAGAAGAUCGAGACCGAGCUCGAGAAGGUCUGCCAAGAUGUCCUUGACGUCCUGGAUGAGUCUUUGAUCCCCAAGGCCGAGACCGGCGAGUCCAAGGUCUUUUACUACAAGAUGAAGGGAGACUAUCACCGUUAUCUCGCCGAGUUCGCUUCCGGCAACAAGCGCAAGGUUGCUGCUACCGCUGCCCACGAGGCCUACAAGAACGCUACCGAUGUUGCCCAGACUGAUCUUACCCCCACCCACCCUAUCCGCCUUGGCCUCGCGCUGAAUUUCUCUGUCUUUUACUACGAGAUUCUCAACUCUCCCGAUCGCGCAUGCCACCUUGCCAAGCAGGCUUUCGAUGACGCUAUUGCAGAGCUUGACUCCCUCUCCGAGGAGAGCUACCGUGACAGCACCCUUAUCAUGCAGCUUCUGCGGGAUAACUUGACCCUUUGGACCUCUGCCGAUGGCAACGAAGGUGAGGCUCCGAAGGAGGAGAAGACUGAGGACGACGCCGCUGUGCCGGCUGAGGAGAAGCCCGAAGAGGCCAAGCCGGCCGAAACCGAGGCUGAGUCCUAG